UGAUUAGCCAUCGAAAACACGCACGGACUGGUAAACUAUUCGUUUACCUUAAUUACCCCAUUUUUAAAUGGUGUUUUGCAAAUUUUUGUAUCUGUACAGUGCUGUUUUUAUUUUGUUACGUCAUUCGUGCCCACAUGGAAAACACAAGACGACAUGAUACACAAUGACACUGAGGACGACGAGAAUUGCGACGACAAUGAAGAGGAGGCGCCAAUGAGGUGCAGCUUUUCUGUAGAAGACCUCCUGGAUGAAGUGGAGAAGAUUUGUUAUGACGCCUCAGGAACAUCUAAGGUGGAGAUGGUGGUGCGCCUCUGGAAGGAUGGCUUCACCGUCAAUGACCAAGAGUUUCGCAGCUACUCCAUCCCUGCAAACCAAGAGUUCCUGGAUGCUAUUAAAAGAGGGGAACUUCCGGCAGAGUGGGAGAGCCGAGCUGAGGAGGAGGAGCUGGAAGUCAAUGUGGAGGAUCUGACGGAGGAAGAGUACGUUCCCAGAAAGAAAGUUUUUCACCCUUUCAGUGGGCGAGGAUACCGACUUGGCAGCGUGGCGCCCCGAGUGGUGGCCCGCUCGCCGUCGGUGCACGAGGACGGCGAAUCUCCCCCCAUCCCCAUGGUAACCCUGGACCACACCCUGCCCGUCACCUCUCUGCAGCUGUGGUUGGCCGACGGCCGCAGGCUGGUACAGCGCUUCAACCUAUCCCAUCGGAUCAUGGACGUUCAUGAUUUUGUGUCACGUUGCCAGAGGAGUUGCCCGCCUUUUGUGCUCACCACGUCGCUUCCUGUGCGGGAGCUCAACAAUCAGGAGCUGAGCCUCGAAGCGGCGGACUUGGCUAACGCCGUCAUCGUCCAACGGCCCCUCAACACGCAUGCGCCCUUCGUGCCAUAAUCAACUUUCACCUUUCACUUCAGAUGCAUAAGUGACAUACAAUUAACAAGCAUCUUCACCUAAGACGGCACCAAAACAAACUGUCUUCCCAAACUGUGAUCUCCAUUUUUAUGCACUUUUUAAAAGCCGGACACUGCUUGCAUUUUGAGGUUUACAAUGAAUGUCUGCCUUGGUUUUCAAAUGUCUACUCAUUUUUGAAUGUAUCAUGUUAUGUGCCUGCAUCAUUUCCAUCCAAUACAUGUUAAAAU